UCGGGGAGUUGAGAACGUGGUAGUCGCCGGUGGCAGCCACGUGUGCCCGUCGCGGACUUCUGCAUCGCGCGCGGAGAUGCUGACCCCCGCCUUUGACCUCAGCCAGGACCCCGACUUCCUGACCAUUGCCAUUCGCGUGCCCUAUGCCCGGGUCUCGGAAUUUGACGUCUACUUCGAGGGCAGCGACUUCAAGUUCUACGCCAAGCCGUACUUUCUCAGAUUAACCCUUCCUGGAAGAAUUGUAGAAAAUGGAAGUGAGCGAGGAACGUACGAUGCAGAUAAAGGAAUUUUUACCAUUCAGCUGCCCAAAGAAACUCCUGGUCAGCAUUUUGAGGGACUGAACAUGCUGACUGCUCUCCUAGCACCCAGAAAAUCCAGGACUGCAAAAGCACUUGUGGAAGAGAUAGGUGCUUCGGAGGUUUCCGAGGAAGGAGUGGAAGAUGCCGAUGAAGAAUUUGACUGGGAAAUUGACCAGUCCCCUUAUGAGGAGGUGUCAGAAAGGGCCGUGGACCUGCAGUGCCACUAUGGAUUCGGCAACUUACGGUCCGGCGUGUUUCAGCGGUUACAGGAUGAAUUGAGUGAUGUUAUCGAUCUUAAGGACCCAGAUUCUACACCUACAGCUGAACGAAGACAGAAGCGCCUGGCUGCUGAGCUGGCCAAAUUUGAUGCUGAUCAUUACCUGGCUGACUUUUUUGAAGAGGAGGCAGUUGAACAGGUUUUGAAGUAUAAGCCUUGGUGGACUGAUCUAUAUUCAAACAUGACGGCGUCUGCGGGGGAGAACCAGGAGCAAGAAAAGCAUGGUGCGCCAGUGUUCUUUUCUGAAGAUGAGAAAUAUCAACUACGGAAAUUUAUCAAUAAAUUCUACCUGCUGGAUCAGAGUGCCCGCCGGCAAGUGUACUACAGCUUGACUGACAUUCUUCUGGCCUAUUGCUAUGAAAUGCGCGUCACGGAGGGAGAAAAGAAUGUUGAGUCUGCGUGGAACAUCAGAAAGCUGAGUUCUACACUGUGCUGGUUCGAGACUUGGACGGACAUUCAUGAAAUCCUGGUGUCCUUCGGGAGAAGGGUGCUGUGCUACCCACUUUAUCGCCAUUUCAAGCUGGUGCUGAAGGCCUGCAGAGAUACAGUGAAGAUACUCCAGCUCGGUAAAAGUGCAGUUUUAAAGUGUCUCCUGGAUAUUCACAAAAUUUUCCAGGAAAACGACCCAGCUUACAUUCUAAAUGACCUCUACAUCUCAGACUACUGUGUGUGGAUUCAGAAAGCCAAGUCCAGAAAAUUGGCAGCUCUUGCAGAAGCCUUAAAGAAGGAAUCCCUUACAAAGGCUGAGCUGGGAUUAGAACUGGAAGAACUGGAGCAGGCGGCGCUUCUUGUCCAGGAGGAAGAAGCUGUAUUAGCAGCAGCUGGCUCCAUCUCCAGGCAGCAGGCAGCUUGCUCCAGUGAUUCGGACGCAAGUGAUUCAGAGGAAUCAGACAGUACCAGUACCUCAUCCUCUGGAAGCCAAGACUCCGAGUCAGACCUAGAUGAGUGCCAAGAGAAUCAACCCACGACAGGGGAUUCUUUGCAGCAUCCCCUUCUUGAAGGAGGCAGUGCCUUGCUGUCCGAUGAAAGUGGGCUUUGCAGAGGCCUGGGCCUCCUGAUGUUGGAGAAUUCUCAAGAGAAGUCACCGGCUCCUUCUCACGCCCCUCUGAUAGAGGAGCUUGGAGAACAACUGAGAACCACAGUGCAGGUUUCUCAGCUCGAAAGCUCUGGUGCUGCAACCCCCAGCAGUGCCCAGGACAGAGACAACCAGCAGACCCCAGCUCACUGACUCCAAAGCGUUCUGUGGCCCUGUGGGCUAAUCAUCCAGCUGCUAACAUGGUUAGAGCCUACAUACUGGCUGCUCCUUAGGAGGAAGAUGAGGCUGUCUGCCUAUAAUGAUGUACAGCCUGGGAAACCCGGUGGAGCAGUUCUACUCUGUCUGUCCUGUUGGGGCACUUUGAGUUGGAAUUGACAUGGCAGCAGUGAGUUUUGGUCUUACUCAUUGUCAAGAAUUAAUAUCUGAUUUGGUUUCAGCUGUGAACUAGAAUUCCUCAUUUUUUCUCUCCUUAUUUUAGUAUUACCAUAUUGUUUUUGGUCAGCUAAUGCUUGUACCUUUUGCUUCACUUGUUGCAGCUUUCAAAACAAAAAUCUAAAUUAUUUUUACCAAGAUAAAACAAAGUAUCUACCAAAGCAAUUAAUAUGUAAAAUAUGAAAAUUAUAGUUCUGACAGAAUCUCUAGAAUGUGGAAUCCAUUAACAUUUGUAAGGAUUUACUGGGAUAUGCUUGACUUAGAAUGUACUUCACAUGCUCGCAUUGGCUAAGUGUUUAGACUGUGUAUCCCAAGUGCAGCCAUGACCACAGUCAAGAUGACAGACUCACCCUCUGCCCAGGGAGACACUGAUCUCCUUCCUGUCAUAAGCUUUAGUUGCAUUUUCUAGAGUUUGACCUAAGUUGAAUCGUGUAAUGCAUAUACUCUUUCUUGUCAGCCUUAUUCUACCAAGAGUAAUUAUUUUGAAAUUCAUCCAUUCAUCAAGAGGACUUAGGUUUGUUUGAGUGCUGCAGAGUGGUCUCAUUGAAUGGAUUUCUCCGUUUACCUGUUUAUGGACAUAUACAUUUGGGUGGUUUCCAGUGUUUGACUCUUAUAAAUAAAGCUGUUACGAAA